AUGGGUCAAAUAGAAGAACUCCCCGAUGACUAUGACGAGUCCCAACCUCCGCCGACUCCCGCUCCAUCAUCAGCAGCUAAAGCUGCUUCCGAAGCAAUUCCAUCAUCCCUCCUCUCCGACCAAAACGUGCCGUUUCCCAUAAAACCAGAAAAGGUGCAAAAUGCAGACCCAUUGGCGCCGGAAUUACCGCCUGCAAUGGCAUCGAUUCGAUCGUAUACACCGGAUCAAUUGGCGGAUAUGAUGAAUAAGACGCCGUUGUUUAUGACGGAUUUGGACAAUGCUGGUGAUGAGGAAGGUGAAAACGUCAUGCUAGAAGCCAUUCGUGCGCUACAAUACGAAGGAACCCGAGGCGAAGUCGCGCUCAGUUUUCGUGAACAAGGCAACGAAGCAGCCAAGGCCAAGAAUUGGGUUGACGCAAAGGAAUUUUAUACAAAGGCCAUAGCGGUGUUGAAUGUGAAAAAAGAAGACGAUAAAUGGGAGAAACCGACGGAUUUGGAGAAGGAGGAGAAGAUCUUGAGAGAGGCGAGGGAGGCGUGUUAUGCGAAUAGGGCAUUGUGUAAUUUGGAGUUGAAGAAUUAUAGAUCGACGACAUUAGACUGUGCACAAGCACUGAAAGUAAACCCGCGAAACGUCAAGGCCCACUACCGUUCUUCAAUGGCAUUACUAGCCCUUGACAAACUCGCCGAAGCUACAGAUACAGUCACGCGAGGCUUAGCAAUCGACCCCGACAACAAAUCAUUACACCAAGUGUCCGAAAAGAUAUGCGCUCGGAAGUCCAUCCUCGACAAAAUCGCCGCUCGCAAAGCGGCAGAAGAAGAAACAAAACGAAAAGAGAAACAAUUACUAUCCACAGCACUACAAGCACGAACAAUCCGUGUCCGACGCACAGAUGCAAAACCAGAUAUGGAGGAUGCCAAAAUCGCCUUGACGCCGGACCCGUUAUCACCGGAGAGUACGUUGGUGUUUCCGGUUAUGUUUUUGUAUCCGAUGGAUGCGCAGACGGAUUUUAUUAAGGCGUUUGGGGAGAUGGAUUGUAUUAAUGAUCAUUUGGAGUAUUUGUUACCGUUGCCGUGGGAUAUGAAGCAGGAGUAUCAGUUGGAGACUGUGAAUUGCUAUAUGGAGACUAUAACGGGGGGAUUGAUCAAAGUAGGUAAGAAGCUGCCGUUGUUGCAGGUGUUGUCUGGUGGGAAAGUGGAGGUUGUGGAUGAGUUGGUAAAGAUUGUUGUUGUGCCGAAGGGGAAGGAGAAGAGGUUUAUAGAGGAGUUUAAGGCGAGGAAGGGGAAGGAUUGA